UGCGGGUAUGUGUGUGAUGUGUUCUGUGGGUGUGUGGGCGGCGUCUGGGAGUGUGUGUCUGUGAGAAAGCCACCCUGAGGAGGCUGGAUGGGGCAGAGAGCCAGUGGCGAGCUGAGACUCGAGCCGGGGCCGGUCCCGUCUCACUGUCUGCCCGCCCCCGGCCCGGCCCGGGGAAGCCAGUGGUAGUACCGAUGCCGGAGCCGGCGCGGGUUGGCCUGCUGCUGCUGCUGCCGCUGCUGCUGCCAGGGCCGGGGCAGUGGAGUCCAGCCACAGGCAGUGCUGGUGUGGACGCCCUGUGCAACCGUCAUGGCCAGGCCGGGGCUGCAGACGGAGGAGCCGACAUCCGCUAUGCCACAGCAUACUGGGAGAGCGCUACGCAGACGGUCCGGGUCAAGGAUGUACUGGACGGGGACGGGGACGCCUACGGCUUUUACAAUCACACGGUGCAAACCACGGGCUGGGGGACCCUGGAGAUCAGAGCUGGAUACGGGGCUCAGGCCUUGAAAAAUGAUGUCAUCAUGUUUGUGGCCGGUUUUCUGGAGGGAUACCUCACUGCCCCGCACAUCCAAGAUCACUUCUCCAACCUCUACCCGCAGCUGAUCAAGCAGCCAUUGGUCUUGGAAGAAGUGAUGGCGUUUUUGGGGAAGCAGGAGCGCUGGGCUCGGCGCCACGCCAAGGACAACCGGGAUGACCCCUUUUGGAGGCACGUGGGCUACGUCCUGGCCCAGAUGGACGGGCUGACGGCGGGCGCAGAGGAGUGGGCAAACGUCACCCAUGCCAAGAAGUCCGUGACCAGGUUCCAGGUUCAGUUCCUCAACGCAGUCGGAGACCUGCUGGAUCUCAUUCCGGCGCUCUUUCCGAGGAAAAAGGAGAGCUGGCUCCACGGUCCCCCCAGACCCUCCGGCGCCUGGGACAUGGGCCACUGCUCUGCCCUAAUCAAGGUUCUCCCGGGCUACGAGAACGUGUACUUGGCUCACUCCAGCUGGUUCAGCUAUGCCGCCAUGCUGCGCAUCUACAAGCACUGGGACUUCAACAUCCGAGACACGCAGACUCGCAGCGCCCGCCUCUCCUUCAGCAGCUACCCAGGGUUUCUGAUGUCUCUGGAUGACUUUUACCUCCUGAGCAGCGGCCUGGCCGUCCUCCAGACCACCAACAACGUGUUCAACACCUCCCUGCUGCGGCACGUGGUCCCCCAGGCCCUCCUGGCCUGGCAGCGAGUCCGCGUGGCCAACAUGGUGGCCCAGGGCGGCAGGGACUGGGCCCGGGCCUUCUCCAGGUUCAACUCCGGCACCUACAACAACCAGUACAUGAUUCUGGAUCUGAAGAAGGUGAAGCUGAAGGAAAGCCUGGGAGACGAGACCCUGUUCAUUGUGGAGCAAAUCCCCACCCUGGUGAAAUUCUCCGACCAGACCAACGUCCUCCGCGCAGGAUACUGGGCGUCUUAUAACGUCCCGUUCCACAGUGCCAUCUACAACUUGAGCGGCUAUCCCAGCUUUGUGCGCAAGUUCGGCCUCGAUUUCUCCUACGAGCUCGCUCCUAGAGCCAAGAUCUUCCGCCGCGAUCAGGGGAAGGUGACCGACCUGGAGUCCAUGAAAUUCACCAUGCGAUACAACAAUUACCAGAAAGACCCGUAUUCCCGCGGAAACCCGUGCAACACCAUCUGUUGCCGGGAGGAUCUGAACGCGUCGGCUCCGGUCCCGGGCGGCUGCUAUGAUGCUAAGGUGUCGGACCUGGCCCUGGCGGCCCGGCUCACGGCCCACGCGGUCAGCGGGCCCACCGUCCAGGGCGGCCUCCCCGUCUUCCGCUGGAGCCGCUUCAACAGCACCGUCCACAAGGGCCUCCCGGAAGCCUACGACUUCGACUUCGUCACCAUGCGGCCCGUCCUGAGACCGCCGUGGCCACGGGAGGCUGGCGGGAGGUGACUAGAGGCGCCCAAGGUCUGUGCUGCCCUGCCCCAUUCUCCUGAAUAAAGGAAACGGCUCCCCUGGA